GAGACAGAAGCAAAGAAGGUAAAACCCUGAGGGAGCCGUUGAGGGGGAGAGGGAGUGAGAGUAUGGAGAAAAGGAAGGAGAAGCGAAUUAGAUCAGAGGAUUCCGACGAGUCGAAGACGAAAGAGAAGGAUGUUGUGACCACAGUAUCUUCGAAUUUAGACCGAACCGGAAGAGGAAGAAGAAGAAAAAAAUUUGAUGGUGGAGGAGAGGUUUCGAAGCGAUCUACUUCUCAAAGAGACAAGGAUAACUCUGAUGGGACCAGAAACUAUGUGCGUUUGACUUGUCAUCAAUGUAAGACCUUAAAGAGUGAGACUGAUCUUGUCUUGUGUUCAAAAUGUAACAAGAAGCGCUAUUGCUAUGACUGCAUCAAGAGAUGGUAUCCAGAGACAACGAGUGAUGGAGUUAGAGCUGCAUGUCCGUUCUGUAUGGGGAAUUGCAAUUGCAAAGCUUGUUUGCGUCAACCUUUGGCUGUGAAGAUACACAGUGAAAAAGACGCCAAUGUCAAGCUCAAGCAGUUGCAGUACCUAUUAGUUAAAGUUCUUCCAGUUCUUAGGGAUAUUUAUGCAGAGGAAAACCAUGAACUAGAGGCUGAAUCAACAAUUAGAGGAGUCCCCGUGACAGAAUCUAAUAUUACCUGCUGCAAACUUGACCUGAGUGAACGCAUAUACUGUGACAUCUGCAGUACAUCCAUUGCCAACUUUCACAGAAGCUGUUCCAACGCAGAUUGUUCAUGCGAUAUAUGUCUCUCGUGCUGCAAUGAGUUAAGAGAUGGCUUCUACGAUCAAGAGAAAAAUGGGAAGAGAAAUGCAGGUCAAGGAAAAGAUUCCAAAGCCAAUGUCUCUUUGGAUUUCUCUAAUUGGAAGCUUAACUCAGACGGUAGCAUUCCAUGCCCUCCAAAAGAGUGUGGUGGUUGUGGUACUUCAACACUGGAGUUGACACGCUUGUCCGAAUGCGAUUGGGUUGAAAAAUUGAUAACGGAUGCAGAGAAAGUUACUCUGCAGUAUAGGCCACCAGAUGUAGAUAUUGCUCAUGAAUGUUCCUCAUGCAUUACAAAUUCUGAUCACAUUAGAAGGCAGGCAGCGUUUAGGAAGAAUGCUCAUGAUAACUUCUUAUACUCCCCAAAUGCUGUUGAUCUGGCUGAAGACGAUAUCGCUCAUUUUCAGUCCCAUUGGAUGAGGGCUGAACCUGUUAUAGUCAGAAAUGUUCUCGAGAAGACAUCUGGACUAAGUUGGGAACCAAUGGUUAUGUGGAGAGCUUGUAGGGAAAUGGACCCAAAGGUUGGAUCUAAAGGAGAGGCGAAAACCCUGAAAGCUCUGGAUUGCUGGGACUGGUCUGAGGUUGAAAUUAACAUUCAUCAGUUUUUUAAAGGCUACAUAGAAGGCCGCAUGCAUCGCAAUGGUUGGCCAGAAAUGUUGAAAUUGAAGGAUUGGCCUCCAUCAACUCUAUUCGAAGAGCGCCUCCCAAGGCAUAAUGCUGAGUUUAUUGCUGCAUUGCCAUUCUUUGAUUACACUGACCCAAAGUCUGGUAUCCUAAAUCUCGUAACAAGACUUCCAAAAGAAUUUCUGAAGCCAGAUCUUGGACCCAAGACAUACAUUGCAUACGGUUUCCCUGAAGAACUUCAUAGAGGAGAUUCUGUGACAAAGCUACAUUGUAUUAUUUCUGACGCGGUCAAUGUGCUGACUCACACAGCUAAAGUGGAAAUAUCUCCCCGGCAAUACCAAAGUAUACAAGUAGAACGGAAAAAACAUGCAGAAGCCAAGUUGCCUAAACAUUACGGUGGUCAAAGGACAGAAGCCAGCGAACUUGAAAACAUGUCACUGAAAGAAGUGGAUGGGAAAGCUUUAGAUAAAUGCAAUGGUACUUUAGGAGAACAGGUUUUAAAGGGCAAAGCAGCUAACAAAGAACCAUCAAAUAGCAGUUUGAGACCGUCCGGCUCACAAGAAGGUGAUGAAUUAUUUGUUACAAAAGGUGACUGUACUAUCACUGGAAGAGCUGACCCUAUGGAAGAGUCUUCUAGUUCAUAUUCUUGCACUACUGCUAUGGAGUCAGGUCAUGAUCCAAAGGUGGAUGCGAGUUUAAUCCCUCAGAAGAAUGUGACGCCGACUAACGAAUCAAUUGCUGAGGAGAAUCAUAAUGAUAUCUGUUUGAAGACAGAGACAUUAUCCCCAAAAUAUCAAAGAGAAGAUGAUCCCUCGGUGGAGAAUGGACUAAUGAUGCCAACACCUUCAACUCCUCCGUGGGACAAAGAGGAUAGUCCAACACAACCUGUUGUGAGUACAAGUGAGAAAUCCAUACAAGAUCAGAAAUUGGAUGCUCCAAAAGAAACUAAUGGCAAUGCCAAUGAGAGGUCAAAUGCUGUGCAUGGUGGUGCUGUCUGGGACAUCUUUCGAAGAGAGGAUGUUCCAAAACUAAUUCAGUAUUUGAAAAGGCACACGCAAGAGUUUCAUCACAUCAAUAACCAAAUUGUAAAGUCUGUAGAUCACCCAAUUCAUGACCAGACAAUGUUCUUGAAUGAAAGUCAGAAGAAUCAGCUGAAGGAGGAAUUCGAUAUAGAACCAUGGACCUUUGAGCAACACCUCGGCGAAGCUGUUUUCAUCCCUGCAGGUUGUCCUUACCAAGUGAAGAAUAGACAGUCUUGCAUAAAGGUAGCACUAGGUUUUGUUGCUCCUGAAAGCGUAGAAGAAUGCAUUAGACUAGCACAAGAGUUCCGGAGAUUACCAAAAGACCACAGAUCCAACAAAGAUAUAUUAGAGCUUAAGAAAAUAGUGCUGCAUGGUGCUAGAUCAGCCAUAAGGGAAGCACAAGGUCUAAUGCAAAAGUCCAGGACGCAGUGAUGCUAACAAAGACUCGAAAGGUUUUUUAUUCAAAGCUUAUCAAAAUGCUAGUGAAACCCCAGAACCAGCCUUGGGCGAUGCUAAAAGUAAAGGUCAUAAACUAGAAAGAAAUGCCUUGACUAAAAGUCUAAAACCAAUCAAAAGUACCCACAGCUUCGGAAUCAAGACAAGAGUCACAAGACGCAAGUUUGUUCCAAAUUAGUACUCUUAAAAAGGCUUUCAGCCCGAACACAUAGA